AUGGGGUCCCCCUGCGGCCUGGUGGGGAGCGCCACCUUGGACACUUCCGUGCCUGCCCUGCAGGGGCCGCUCCAGGGCCCCGGAGCACAGCGCCCUGCGGAUAGGCUGUGCCCGGACCUGAGGCGCCGGCCUGAGGCGCCGGCGUGUCAGGUAAAGGGUUCCCCCUUCCCGCCUGUUCCCUCCACCGCCAAGGAAGGGGCGGGGCAGGGUCCCGGCCCUCGCUGCAGAAGGGGAGCCUCCAGCCCUGCCUGGAUGCACCCCUCGGGGCUGCGGGGAUCUGUGGGCCUCGGGGGUCUGGGGCACUCCAUUCUUGGGGAAGGAUUGCGCCAAUCAGAAAGAGAAGCCUAUGCAUUCAUACUAGAAUUUCUAGAAGAAGAACAUAUGUCUGAGUUCGCCAAGCUGAAGUUCCUGAGGGCUGUGGAAACUUUGAGUAGUGCUGUGCGUGCCCAGGCAGAUGGCAAUAUGGACAAUUACUAUCCCAAAGCCAUCCUGGCCAAGAAAAUUGAGAUACUAAUUCUUGAAGAAUCCACUGAGAUUUUGAUGGGCAACAUGCGUCAGCAAGCCAUGUUCUGCAUCGUGGCGCUGAGGUGCCUUUCCUGCCCUUACCCCUCAGAGCGCCUGGUCUCUGGUGCUGAGAACAUUUGGGUUGGGAGGGAGAGCAAGAAACUGGAUCUGGUAAAUGUGGGCGUCUCCAGCCUGUUCUCUCUGCCGCCCAUCAUGCCCAGCCUGUACCGAAGAGACAAUGCAAGUCUCUACCUCCAGACAGUCCAGGCCUUAGAUGACAUGUUGCAGGCUCUUGUGAUGGACGGUAUGAACCCCAACAUGCUCAUACUAGAACACUUCCUGGAGGAAUUAAUGGCUCUGAAUCUCAUCCUUCAGAGACCACUUUACCCCUUCCGCUGGCCUAGCAGCAGUCAGGGAUGUGGGAAUCAGGAGAAGGAAGGGAGCAGCACUCCCACAGAAGGUGUUCACAAGGUCUCUUUACUCCUUUUCCAGAUCAUCUUACCUUGGUCAUUACUGUCAGACAAAGUGCACGAACAGAUGCGGGCCUUGGGCACUAUUUCCCGGCUGCUGAGGUUUAUUUGCAAUUUCCCGGAACUGUCACACAUGGAGGAAUUCUCAAUGAGUGGGAAACUGAUGAGCAUCUUUGGCCUCUUCUGCAUGGGCUGCAACCACGAGAUCAGCAUAGAGGCAUCGGAGGCAUUGCAUUACCUGUUCAAAAUCCUUGCGCUUCAGAGAAGUGUGAAACAGAAGACAGAGACUAUCCUGAAGGAUUUGCAGAAGCAUUUCCGUGGAGCAUGGCUUGCCAGCCUGCAGGAUCUAACACUGUUCUUCAAGAAAUACCUGACCCCUGAGGAGAGAGCAGAUAUGAUCAUGGUGAGCAUGGAGGCCAUGACCAACACCAGCAGGCAUGACAUCUCUGCAGCUUCCAAGAUGUUAAAGAUGAUCCUGAAGUACACGAUUCCAGAGAUCGGGAAGGUGCCGGAAAUCAUCCAGUACAUUUACUACCACAUGAACAGCAUUACAGAAACCACAGCCCAAAAGACCAUUAAGAAGAUCCUGUAUUUGCUGUCCCAGUACUACACUGAUGAAGUUAUCCUGACACUAUUGAAAAUAGAAGAUCAGUCACAAAAGGGGGUUUGCAGACCCUGGGAAAUCCUGACAUCCUUCCCCAAAGGCUACGAAAUGAUCAUGGACUAUCUGCUCCAGAGGCUGACUCCACAUCAGAGAUCAAAGGACCAGGAGCCCAGCCACAGAACAGAGAUCUCACCACUGAUUGCCACCAGAGCCAUCCAUGAGCUCCUGCUGGAGCCCAGUCGGCAGAUGGAGGUGCAGUCCUUCUUCUCCUCCUUGUUCAUGGCCCUGCUGUUCCAGAUCUCCUUUUUGGUGGUUGAAGUGGACACUGAAAUAAGCCAGGAUCAGCAACACAUAGCUGAAUGGGUGGACCCUAUAAGUUCUACCGUGGAGGCCCUGAAGACCUUGAUGCGAAGUUCUGGGUAUGGGGACUAUGUAUCUUCUAUACAGAGACAUGGGGGCUGGUGGCUUCUUGUCAAUCCUGAAAGACACUAUGACGGAGUCACUGUGCUGGCCAGGUCCCUGGUCAUCAAUAACUGUUGGCACAACCGCCCCCUCUUCAGCUCCAUCAUCAGAUUCCUCCAGGACCCAGACUGCAAGAAUCACUUAACGGCCCUUGUGUUCCUGACAGAGUUGCUCCAGUGCCCAGAUGUGGCAGCCUUAGUGGAUGACUUCACCACCCGCAUUCUGGCAAACUGGUUCAAGAGUGAGGAGCCAGCCAUGGUGAAGCCACUGCUGCAGAUGCUAGAGGUCUUUGCGAAGCAUGAAAACAUGGUCCCCUGGAGAUUGCUCAUCAUCAGGGAUGAGAAGGGCAGUGGCGACAGAAACUUAUGGCAUGGUGGGAGGAGGCGGCCUCCUCUGGUUCCUCCCCUUUUCUCAUGAUGGAUGCAAGGUGAGGCGGCUCCGAAUCCUCCAGCCCUAUGUGCUGAACUGCUGCUACUCCUCGAAUAGCGACAUCGUACUGGAGACUUUGCUGGUGCUGAAGAAUCUCCUGCGCCACCUCACCUGGCGGCACUCCUCCUCCUUCCUGAUCCAGCUCAGCUUCACGCUGGUGCCCUUCUUUGAGGAGGUGUCAGAGCAUCUGCGGUUGGCAGCCUUUGAGAUCUAUGGGAGUCUCUUGGCCAAGGUCAAGAAGAGAGGCCUUGUCUUCCCCUUGAAGCACCAGAUCCUCAACUUGCUAGUCCCCCUGGUGCUCCACCUGAGGGACGUAAAUACCGACGUGGCUCUGGUGAGAGGCCAGGCCUUGGAGCCUGGUCUUCAGUCCCCGUUUUCAUGGGAGAUCUGCCGGUCUGCCCUCUGCCACACAGCUGCCGUGCUGGGCUGGUCAAAGCUGAAAGCAGUAUUUGCAGAGAAAGAUGUGUGGAACAUUCUUGGAGCCCUGCUGGAGCAGGAGACAAACAAAGCCCUCUGGUUCCUGAAGCAGUGUGUGGCUCUCUUCAAGAGCCCACAGGUUCCCAUCCGCUGGGCAGCUGUGUGGUUUGCAGGCCAGAUUAUCCAAACCCUAGACUUGGAAGAGACUGAUGAAAUUGAGGAGGCGUACACAGCCCUAAGGCACAUGCAGAGAGACUCUGACCCCAUGGUCAGCUGCCUCACCACGCAGACUUUCUAUAUCCUGGAAGCCAAGAAGAAGCUGCUACUGGCCAAACCCCCGACCUCCUGCUUCUGCAGGAGGAGGCCCCAAAGGCACUACUUCUGAGCCUGCAUCCUUGAGUCUCAGAUGUAGGCCUGACCAUCAGACCCUGUGACAAUGGGGCCAGAUUCCUGGGUCCUGCGCUAGAAAUGGAGGUGUAUCCCUGCAGAAUCUUUGUAAUAAAAGGAAAAAGCAUGC